CUUGGACGGCGGGGAGCUCUUCAGCCGAAUUCAAGACAGGGGAGACCAGGCCUUCACAGAACGGGAGGCUUCAGAGAUAAUGAAGAGCAUUGGGGAAGCCAUCCAGUACCUACACUCGAUCAACAUUGCGCACCGGGAUGUGAAGCCGGAAAACCUCUUGUACACCUCCAAACGGCCCAAUGCUGUGCUAAAACUCACAGACUUCGGCUUUGCUAAAGAAACCACCACGCACAACUCCUUGGCUACUCCGUGCUACACACCGUACUAUGUGGCCCCGGAGGUGCUGGGUCCGGAGAAGUACGACAAGUCCUGCGACAUGUGGUCCCUCGGCGUCAUCAUGUACAUUCUGCUGUGCGGGUACCCCCCCUUCUACUCCAACCACGGCCUGGCCAUCUCGCCCGGCAUGAAGAAGCGAAUCCGAAUGGGCCAGUACGAGUUUCCCAAUCCUGAAUGGUCCGAAGUGUCGGAGGAAGUUAAGCAGCUGAUCCGCAACCUGCUGAAGACGGACCCGACUCAGCGCAUGACGAUAACAGAGUUCAUGAACCACCCCUGGAUCAUGCAAUCCAUGCAGGUGCCCCAGACCCCGCUGCACACCAGCCGCGUGCUGAAAGAGGAGAAGGAUCUGUGGGAGGACGUGAAGGAGGAGAUGACGAGCGCGCUGGCCACCAUGCGAGUGGACUACGAACAAAUCAAGAUCAAGAAAAUUGAAGAUUCCUCAAACCCUUUGCUCAUGAAGAGGCGGAAGAAAGCAAACCCCACCGAGCCUGCCACGCUCCCCCACUGAGGGUACCCCGUGCCCACUGGCCCUUGAGAAAGCAAUAACUAUAUAUA